AUGGACCAAGAAGAGGCUGAGAGGUACGCUUCACACCAGCUCCAAAACUCAUUCUUAUCCACAAUCGACCACCUUCCAUGCGACGUCAUACGAUCACUCUGGUUGAUCCAAUCUUGCAACAUCAAAAUCGAUAAACUCAAACAAGAGUUGCAUAAUAUACUACGGAGAUAUCAGACAACUGGAAGCAUACCGCAUUCGGAAAUGGACAGAAUAUACGACUUGAAACAAAACAUUCGACAUUUGUACAAUGAGACGAUCCAAGAGGGCAAGACGCUAAAUAACCAAAUGAUUAUUCACAAGUUGCAUUUGGAAAAUGAGAUUACGCAGUUGAAGUCGAUUAAGGAGAGGCGCAGCGGAGUAGCUCAAAUGACAAGUCGGCCGGAGUCAGAAGCGCAAGAUCUACUUCGCAAGCAAUUGAAACAGCAUUAUAAAGAGCAUCCGUUGGUGUCACAGGUGGAAGCGGCGGUUGAGCAUCGAAAACAUUCUCAAAAGGAGCUGCAUAAGAGUGGUGGCAAGUCGGCGGCAAAGUCGGGCAUAAAGUUGGUGUUGAAGAUUCCGAAGCAGGACAAAGUCGUGAAACCAAAGGGCAGGAACGUGGUAAAGAAGAAUAGUAGCGCAACACAAUCACGAUUGAAGACAAUUUCAAAACGGGCAGAUCCGCUGCUACCAAAGAAGGAAAAGAAACUUAUACAACAGCAGGCAGGGCCCAUGCCGCAGGUGACUGAGCAAGUCGGCAUGGAUGAAGACGAGGAUGAAGAUAACAAACGGUAUUGUUUUUGUCAUCAACCAUCGUUGGGCGAUAUGAUUGCAUGUGACAAUGAAGCGUCGUGUCCCAAUGGUGAAUGGUUUCAUUACAAAUGUGUUGGUUUAUUGAAUCGGGUUGAAGCGUUGAAAUACACCACUGGCAAAAUACCAUGGUAUUGUUCUGAAGGUUGUAGGCAAGUGGGUGAGGCUGAAAAGGCCAAGCUGCUAGAGAUGAAGAAACGGAAAAGAAGGCGCAAGUGGUAA